GGUGGUGAAAGGAGUGUGGAACCCAUAAUUUCUAAUGGUAGUUUCAGUGGGGCUAUUCAGCGUAAAAAUACUUCCUGCCUCUUUGCAGAAGGUAUAGGAAUGGUAAAACAUCUGGAGGGAACAGAAAAGAUUGUGAGGUCUGGUGAUGCCUGGACCUGUGCAGGGGUGUUUCCCGAGGAAGUUGCCAGUGAUAUGUGUACUGCUGAGCUGACUGCAGCACUUCUUGCUAGAGCACACCUGUCACGAGGAUGAAUGAAUAGCAUGGAAUUCAUGAUUCUUCAGUGGAGCUGACAUGGGUUUCUGAGGCUCUGAAACAGGACAACCAACCACACAGACAACUGGCAUUCAUAUAAAUUCUUAGAAAUCAAUUUAUGAAGGAGCUGGAUUAUUCUAAAGCUAAGCAAGACCAAAGUCCUACUGGUUGUCACUGGAAAGCACUCUGACGGACCAGCAGUCUCCGUGAGCAGAAGGCACAGAGCCACGUUCGCCGGUUCGGCCGGGACCUCAGGACUGUGGACUCCUUAGGGCUCAUGCGAUACUUCUGAAGCGUCUGCAAAAGUACAUCAUAAUCAGGCAUGUCAAGUGGGGUCAGGCUGGAAUACACAGCUGGAGGAACAGGAAGAAGAAAUUUGUGAGAGCAAGUGCACAGGAAGAAAGCAGGGCUGCUAUGAAAGGACACAAAAGAGGACUUGGAGACUGUGUGAAGAAUGUGUUAGAAAUGGACUGGAGUUCCAUGAGCCUCAAAGCAGCAAGAAGAGAAAAGAGCUUCAGGCUCCAUACAGUGAGAUGUCAAGGAGAGGGGUGCAAGAUCAACACGCCACAGAACCAAGUUUCCAGCAAAAGCACAGUGUCUCCGUACGUGUCCACAGGCCAGGGGCGUAACAAGAUUGAUGCUCAGCCAAGAGGUGGACUUUUCAUGAGGAACACUGUUCAGGAGCACAGUGCGUUUCGAUUUGCAGUGCAGUUAUACAACACGAACCAAAACACCACAGAAAAGCCCUUCCAUUUGAACUAUCAUGUAGAUCACUUGGACUCUUCCAACAGUUUUUCAGUGACAAAUGCUUUCUGUUCACAGUUUUCCAGAGGAGUUUAUGCCAUCUUUGGAUUCUAUGACCAGAUGUCAAUGAACACACUGACGUCAUUUUGUGGAGCCCUUCACACAUCCUUCAUCACACCCAGCUUCCCAACAGAUGCAGACGUGCAGUUUGUCAUCCAGAUGCGGCCAGCAUUAAAAGGAGCCAUCUUGAGUCUCUUGACCCAUUAUAAGUGGGAAAAGUUUGUGUACCUCUAUGACACUGAACGGGGAUUUUCCAUUCUCCAGGCAAUUAUGGAAGCAGCAGUUCAGAACAACUGGCAAGUGACAGCCAGAUCUGUAGGAAGCAUAAAGGAUGUUCAAGAAUUCAGAAGAAUUAUAGAGGAGAUGGACAGGCGACAAGAAAAAAGAUACUUAAUUGACUGUGAAGUAGACAGAAUAAACACCAUUUUGGAACAGGUAGUAAUCCUUGGCAAACAUUCUCGAGGCUAUCACUACAUGUUAGCUAACCUGGGUUUCACAGACAUUGUGCUGGAGAGAGUAAUGCAUGGAGGUGCCAAUGUUACUGGAUUUCAGAUAGUUAAUAAUGAAAACCCAAUGGUUCAACAGUUUCUACAACGCUGGGUGAGGCUCGAUGAAAGGGAGUUCCCAGAAGCCAAAAACUCACCAUUAAAGUAUACGUCUGCACUGACCCAUGAUGCAGUCCUAGUCAUAGCAGAGGCUUUCCGUUACCUGCGAAGGCAGCGUGUUGAUGUCUCCAGGAGAGGUAGUGCUGGAGACUGCCUGGCUAACCCUGCAGUACCGUGGAGCCAAGGAAUUGAUAUAGAAAGAGCGCUGAAAAUGGUGCAGGUUCAAGGAAUGACAGGGAACAUCCAGUUCGACACCUAUGGGCGGAGAACAAAUUACACAAUUGAUGUGUAUGAAAUGAAGGCUGCUGGAUCAAGGAAGGCUGGUUAUUGGAAUGAAUAUGAAAGAUUUGUGCCAUCAUUAGAUCAGCUGCCCUCUAAUGACACUUCAUCUGUGGAGAACAGAACUAUAGUUGUCACUACCAUCUUGGAAUCACCAUAUGUAAUGUAUAAGAAAAACCAUGAACAACUAGAAGGGAAUGAGAGAUAUGAAGGAUAUUGUGUAGACUUAGCUUCUGAAAUAGCAAAACAUGUUGGAAUAAAAUACAAACUGUCAAUUGUUGGAGAUGGGAAAUAUGGAGCUAGGGACCCUGAGACUAAGAUAUGGAAUGGCAUGGUGGGUGAACUGGUCUAUGGGAGAGCAGAUAUAGCCGUUGCCCCCCUCACUAUAACACUGGUGCGAGAAGAGGUCAUAGACUUUUCCAAGCCCUUUAUGAGCCUGGGAAUCUCCAUCAUGAUCAAGAAGCCUCAGAAAUCUAAACCGGGCGUAUUCUCUUUCCUGGAUCCUUUGGCUUAUGAAAUUUGGAUGUGUAUAGUCUUUGCUUACAUUGGCGUCAGCGUAGUUCUUUUCCUAGUCAGCAGAUUCAGCCCUUAUGAAUGGCACUUGGAAGACAGCACUGAAGAGCCACGUGACCCUCAGAAUCCUCCUGACCCUCCAAAUGAGUUUGGAAUAUUUAACAGCCUUUGGUUUUCCCUGGGUGCCUUUAUGCAGCAAGGAUGCGAUAUUUCUCCAAGAUCUCUCUCAGGGCGAAUUGUCGGAGGAGUCUGGUGGUUCUUCACUCUCAUCAUUAUCUCUUCCUACACUGCUAAUCUUGCUGCCUUCCUUACGGUGGAAAGGAUGGUGUCUCCCAUAGAGAGCGCAGAGGAUCUGGCUAAACAAACGGAGAUAGCCUAUGGCACUUUGGAUUCAGGCUCAACCAAAGAAUUCUUUAGAAGAUCAAAAAUCGCCGUCUAUGAGAAAAUGUGGUCGUACAUGAAGUCGGCCGAGCCCUCCGUGUUCACCAAAACCACGGCAGACGGGGUGGCGAGGGUGCGCAAGUCGAAGGGGAAGUUCGCCUUCCUGCUGGAGUCGACGAUGAACGAGUACAUCGAGCAGCGCAAGCCCUGCGACACCAUGAAAGUUGGCGGGAACCUGGAUUCCAAGGGCUAUGGUGUAGCCACCCCCAAAGGCUCAGCAUUAAGAACUCCUGUAAACCUUGCAGUAUUGAAACUCAGUGAACAAGGCAUCUUAGACAAGCUGAAAAACAAAUGGUGGUACGAUAAGGGUGAAUGUGGAGCCAAGGACUCCGGAAGUAAGGACAAGACCAGUGCUCUGAGCCUGAGCAAUGUGGCCGGGGUUUUCUAUAUUCUUGUUGGAGGCCUUGGGCUCGCCAUGAUGGUGGCUUUAAUCGAGUUUUGUUACAAGUCUCGGGCAGAGUCCAAGCGAAUGAAACUCACCAAGAACACCCAAAACUUUAAACCUGCUCCCGCCACCAAUACCCAGAAUUACGCUACGUACAGAGAAGGCUACAACGUGUAUGGCACAGAAAGCGUGAAAAUCUAGGGAUCCUUGCUCUGACAGCACACAGGAGGAGAAGCAGCAGAGAAUGUGGCUACUUCACGGAUUCGGACCACCUGAGCCAGUCAGUCGUACUCUAGCCGAGGUGUCAGGCAUGACAUGCAUUGAUGAUGGUGCAAUGAACUUUUAACAGGAAAAACUGAUUUUUUUCCUUCAGUGCCUUAUGGAAGACUCUGAGACUCACAACAAUGCAAACCAUCACUGAAAUAUUCUUGCUUUGCUUGAAAGAGAAAACAGGAAAAAAAAGAGAAGCGAAGAAAAAAGGAGAAAAGAAGAGAAAGAAGAGAAGAGAAAAGAGAAGAGAAGAGAAGAGAAGAGAAGAGAAGAGAAGAGAAGAGAAGAGAAGAGAAGAGAAGAGAAGAGAAGAGAAGAGAAGAGAAGAGAAGAGAAGAGAAGAGAAGAGAAAGAAGAGAAGAGAAGAGAAGAGAAAGAGAAAAAAAGAAAAGGAAAGAAGAAAAGAAAAAAGAAAAAGGAAAGGAAAGGACUGGUAAUAAGACAUUACUAUGUGGAAAAAAAAAAUCUUGUAAAAAAAAUCAGUGCAACAAAAGCCAUUCUUUGAUACCACUGCACAGUAACUGAACUCAUGUCCUGAAAGCAAACCACAGCCGGUGUCAUCAGCCACCCGACCACAUCCAAUUCUGAAACUCUUCCUGACGCCCAGCCUCAGAUCCUGCUGUGCAUGCAUGGCCUGGCCUGGCGCUGCUUUCCGGGCUGAUGGCAAUGUGGUUGAAGUAUUUACUUACCGGUGGUGUGAUUGAUAGUUUAUUUUUUCGAGCCACUUUAAACUCUCCAGCUAAUUUGAGCAAUUCUGUAUAUCAGUGAAUAAUACCUGAACAAAAGAAUAUGUGCAUUAAAAAAAAUUAAGGUCACUGACUGUGAAUCUGUAAAUCCAAAAGAAAGUAACCUGUGGAACUGCAUGUCUUGCUUCCAGAUCAUUAAAUUAAUUUUCUUGACAAGGUAGCUAAGUGCAGGCAGAAAAUACUGUAUUCCUUUUUUUUUUCCCUAUCAUCAGGCAUACCUACAGUUGCUUUAUUAAAAUGACAUUGGGUGGCUUUAAAAAAAAAAAAAGCUACUUGCUGUUUAGUUUCAGAUCAUAUAUCUCUUUUCUUGCUGUGCAUUUGCAUUUUAAUUUAAUGUUUAAUAUCAAGCAAUGAAGCAAAAGAAGCGCAGGUUAGUUUUUCCCAGGCCUGCUUCUGCUUCACACCAAUUUUCUCAAAACUAGCACUGUGCUCAGCUAAUGCUUCUCAACAGUUGUCGUUUUAAAAUCGAAGUAUGGGAAGAGGGUAGUAACUCCAAUUAGAGCCGCAGUUCCCGAGUAUUAUUCAGCGACCUAACAUGACUACAGCUAGCACUGGUAGAUUAUAGCAGCUCCUGCCAGCUUUGGCUCCAUGGCUGCUGGCGGGAGGAUGCUCCUGUCCUCUCCUGCAGCCCAGCGCGCGCUGCGGGGCUGGCUGGUACCCACCUCCGCCUCACAGGCAGCCGCAGCAGCCUUUCAGCCUCGACCGUCUGCCUGGAAACCGCGUAACGUCAUCUUUAAAAACAA